AUGGUCCAAAAAUAUGAGACUUCGGUUCGCAGCGAAACCGCUUCCUGGGAUGCUUCUAUGUCUGUAGAUGAAGAGUGGAGUAAAGUCAAACGACUCCUAACAACAACAGCUUGUGAAGUGUUUGGCCACCAGGAUACUAAAUCACAGGACUGGUUUAUUGACAACAUCCAGCAACUUCAACCUCUGCUGGAUUCCAAACGUAAGGCAGCUCUAAACUACCGAAAAAACCCCUGUCCGAAAUCAUCCGAUGAGCUUAGAAUUGCUAAAGCAAAUUUGCAACGUAGUACGCGGCACUUUGUUAACGCUUACUGGAACGACCUCUGUAUGAGCAUUCAAUCUUGCGCAGACACGGGUAAUUUUGGCGGCGUUUACUCAGGAAUCAGAACCGCUUUAGGGCCAGUUAUUAAGAAGACAGCUCCACUAAAAGAAGCUGAUGGCACUAUUAUAUCAGAUAGCCUGAGGCAAAUGUCGAGAUGGGUGGAAUAUUACACCGGUCUAUAUUCACAACCAGUGGACGUUCAGCGGGAGGCUGUGCAUAACAUGCCGAAACUGGCCACCUGGGAGGAGCUAGACGAUCCGCCUACUGUAGAGGAAUUGCUCAAAGCUGUCAAGCAGCUAAAAUGCGGCAAAAGCCCCGGCAGCGAUGGCACCCACGCUGAAAUAAUCAGACUCAAGUGUAUAUUACCUGUUCUGCACAAUCUAUUGUGGAAAUGCUGGGAAAAAGGAUACAUACCGCAAGAUAUGCGCGACGCUAACAUCAUAACUUUAUAUAAGGGUAAAGGCGACCGCGGCGAUUGUAACUGCUACCGUGGGAUAUCCUUACUAAGCAUAGUAGGCAAGCUUUUUGGACGAGUGGUUCUUGGGCGAAUCCAGAAACUAGCUAAUCGUGUGUAUCCGGAAUCACAGUGCGGGUUUCGUGCACAGCGUUCCGCAAUCGAUAUGGUGUUUACGCUCCGACAACUACAGGAGAAGAGUAGGGAGCAGAACAUACCUCUGUUUGUGGCGUUCGUUGACCUGAAUAAGGCUUUCGAUACGGUUAGCAGAGAUGGACUAUAUAACGGACUUGAAAGCAUUGGGUGUCCAUCAAAACUUCUGAGCCUGACGAAAUGCUUCCAUAAAGAUAUGAAAGGUUCUGUCAUAUUCAACGGAAACACAUCCGGUCCGUUCGAGAUGCGUAGAGGUGUGCGACAGGGCUGCGUAUUGGCCCCUACCCUGUUUGGUAUAUUCUUUUCAUUACUCUUAAGAGAAGCGUUCGGCAAUGACCAACAGGGUAUCCAUUUUUAUACGAGGACAGAUGGGAAGCUCUAUAACAUCACAAAACUUCUCAAAUCCAAGCGUAAUCGCGAGGACAUUUUUGUAGACAGCCUCUUAUUUGCCGAUGACGCAGCUUUUGUCGCUGACUCCGCUCUCGAGCUUCAGACCAUAUUGGACAGGUUCGCCCGGGCGUGUGCACUGUUCUCAAUGACGAUAAAUGCCAAAAAAACCGUUGUGAUGGUGCAGGGAAGCACGAAAAUACCGAAAAUUACGUUGGAUGGCGUGCCCCUGGCUGUCGUAAACAAGUUUACGUAUCUAGGGUCUACCGUGUCGAACAAUCUCUCGCUUGAUGCGGAGAUCGAUAUUCGUAUCGGCAAAGCGGCGACCACCUUCGGGCAGCUUAAUACGAGAGUAUGGAAAAACAAACAUCUUACCACGCGUACCAAGAUGAUCGUCUAUCAGGCAUGCAUCUUGAGUAUUCUCUCUUACGGAGCUGAAACCUGGACGACGUACGCGAAACAAGAACGUCGACUAAACGCCUUCCAUAUGCGCUGUCUUCGUAACAUCUUGGGCAUAUCCUGGGAGGACAGAGUUACCAACGAGCGGGUUCUUAAUAUUGCACAGCUGCCUAGCUUCACAGCGUUACUCAAGCAGAAGCGGUUGCGUUGGCUAGGGCAUGUGCAUCGAAUGGAGCCCUCGCGCCUGCCUCGGCGGAUCUUGCUUGGUGCUGUAGCAAACGCAAAACGUAACUUGGGGAGGCCCAUGCUACGGUUUAAGGAUUGCGCUAAACGAGAUAUGCACGCCUUUGGUAUCGACCACCAAAACUGGGAAGCAGUUGCCGAGAGUCGUGACGGAUGGCGUAAAGUUGUUGUGGACGGACGCAAGAUACACGAUCAAGCUUGGUUUGAGACUUUAGCGGCAAGAAGAACGCGACAACAACAAGCUUCUUCCGUCGCUGACACCACCCGGUUUACCUGCAGGGCGUGUGGCAAAGGUUGUCGCUCACGUAUCGGCUUAUUUAGUCACGAAAAGAGCUGUGUAAUUAACUCAAGCUGA